AUGACACCCCACAGAUCCAGGGCAGCUGAGGCCAGUGUUGUGGCCAUCACCCAAGCCAGAAAGAGUGUCGUGGCCCGAGGCGAAAAGGGGCUGAGAGGCCUUCAGAAAGAUUCUGGAAGGAGCCAGAUCCUGAUUUCUCAAUCGUCAGCCAUUACAGCAUCCCCUUCCCCAGAUGGGAUUUUGGGGUAUCCUUCCCAAAUGAACUGGCAGCAAGUGGCUGAUGUCGAGGAGGCAGCUGGGGAAUUCCAGGAAUCUUUGGGAAUAGUCAAGGAUGGAAAUACCAAAGAAAACUAUCAAGAUGGAGCACAGAGGCAGGAGGAAAGCCACACAGGAGAUGAUCAGAGGAAUGAGGAGGAUGAGGAACUACAUCAUUUACCACCAGACGAAGUAAAAAAUGAAGAUGUGAGAAGAAACAUCAGGAUUCCAAGUAGGCCUCAGAGGCAGAAAGUCAGGCGCAUGGUGCAGAAGAGGGAUAAAUCCAUUCCUUGCCAAGAGGGUUAUCGCCAAGAAGCAAUUCACUUGCUGGAAGAAACAUACAAGCGCUUGGAGUGUGGAAUGAACUUCUCAGAUGAAACCAAAUAUAGUAUACAUUUUUCAAAUUACAGUACAAUGAAAGCAUGUAAACGUUUUCAGUGUGGAAAGUAUUUCAGAUACAAAUCACAACUCCUUGUGCACCAAAGGAUCCACACAGCAGAGAAACCUUUUGAGUGUUCAGAGUGUGGAAAGAAAUUCACCCAUUGUUUCCUUCUUAAACAGCAUCAAAGAACCCACACAGGGGAGAAGCCUUUUGAACGCUCAGAGUCUUGGAAGGAAUUCUGUCACAGGAAGAAGCCUUUUGAAUGCUCAGAGUGUGGGAAGAGAUUCAGUGAAAGUAGUAGUCUUCAAAAACAUCUAAGAACCCACACAGGGGAGAAGCCCUUUGAAUGCUCAGAGUGUGGAAAGAGAUUCAGUCAAAAUGGUUCUCUUCAACAGCAUCGAAGAACCCACACAGGAGAGAAGCCUUUUGAAUGCUCAGAGUGUGGGAAGAGAUUCAGUCACAGUGGCGCCCUUCAAAAACAUCUAAGAACCCACAAAGGUGAGAAACCUUUUACAUGCUCCGAGUGUGGAAAUAGAUUCACUCACAGUAGCAGUCUACAAAGUCAUCUAAGAAUCCACGCAGGGGAGAAGCCUUUUGAAUGCUCAGAGUGUGGGAAGAGAUUCUGCCACAGUAGCACCCUUCUAAAACAUCUAAGGACCCACAAAGAGGAGAAGCCUUAUGAAUGCUCAGAGUGUGGGAAGAGAUUCAGCUACAGUGGCUAUCUUCAGCAGCAUCAAAGAACCCACACAAGGGAGAAGCCUUUUGAAUGUGCUGAAUGUGGGAAGAGAUUCAGUCGGACUGAUGAUCUUCAAACUCAUUUAGGAACCCACACAGGGGAGAAGCCUUUUGAAUGCUCAGAGUGUGGGAAGAGUUUCAGUGAUAGUAGCAGUCUUAUAAAACAUCUAAGAACCCACACAGUACGGAAACCUUUUGAAUGCUCAGAGUGUGGAAAGGGAUUCAGUUACAGUAGCAGUCUUGAAAAACAUGUAAGAACCCACACAGGGGAGAAGCCUUUUGAAUGCUCAGAGUGUGGGAAGAGAUUCAGUCACAGUGGCAAUCUUCAACAGCAUCAGAGAACACACAAAGGGGAGAAGCCUUUUGAAUGCCCAGAGUGUGGGAAGAGAUUCAGCUACAAUUGCCAUCUUCAAAGUCAUCUAAGAACCCACACAGGGGAAAAACCUUUUGAAUGCUCACAGUGUGGGAAGAGAUUCAGUCAGAGUAGGGAUCUUCAACAGCAUCAAAAAACCCACACAGGGGAGAAGCCUUUUGAAUGCUCAGAGUGUGGAAACAGAUUCAGUCACAGUAGCAAUCUUCAAAGACAUCUAAGAACCCACACAGGGGAGAAGCCUUUUGAAUGCUCAGACUGUGGAAACAGAUUCAGUCACAGUAACACUCUUCAAAACCAUCUAAGAACCCACACAGGGGAGAAGCCUUAUGAAUGCUCAGAAUGUGGGAAGAGAUUCAGCUGCAGUGGUUAUCUUCAACAGCAUCAAAAAACCCACACAGGAGAGAAGCCUUUUGAAUGCUCAGAGUGUGGGAAGAGAUUCAGUCAGAGUGGCAAUCUUCAAAGUCAUCUAAGAACCCACACAGGGGAGAAGCCUUUUGAAUGCCCAGAGUGUCAGAAGAGAUUCAGUCGGAGUGGUGGUCUUCAGAAACAUCUAAAAACCCACACAGGGGAGAAGCGUUAUGAAUGCUCGGAACGAGGGAACAGAUUCAGUCAGAGUGGCCAUCUUCAGGAGCAUCAAGGAAUCCACAGAGAGGAGAAUCUUUUUGAAUGUUCAGGAUAUGGCAAGGGAUCCAGUGACAGUGCACUGAGCUGUGGAAGUCACCUCGAGUGCCCUUGCGAGGAGAGGGAGCAGGAUCCAGUGAAGAGACGUUAUCAAGCCAUUUUCUUUGCAGAGAAAUGGAAACAUCUCAACCUCGACCUCUGA